GUAGCUGUCUUAGCUAGCCGACAGAGCGGACCGAUUACCGACUGUUUGUCCGGUGAAACAUGAAUUUAACGGCUUCAGUCCGAUGAGUUGACAGCCGGCAGACAGCCGUUAGUUUGGACGUUAGUACCAGAUGGAUUUAAACACGGAAAGCCGGUCUCCCAGAGAGGAGCGCGAGCUGGAAGACGGAGAGAUCUGCGAUGAUGAAACCGAGGAGAGUGUGCCGCUCCGGCGGGGGGAUGGUAACGGGAGCAGGCCCGCUCGCGGCCGCGGCCGCGGCCGCGGCGCUUCUCAACGGUCUCGAAAACCUCACCAACGCCCGCACAACAUGCUGCCACACAUGGGCCACCCGCCGCCGGACUUCAGACACUUGAUGCCACCGUACAACCGCGGACCUCACGCGCACGAGCCGUUCCCCCUGAGCCACCGGCAGCAGUGCGGGCCGAGCGGGCCCGAACGGCCUCCCGCCGCGUCCAACGCGCCGCUGCCGCUUCUCGGGCCCCACGGAGCCCCGAACCCGAGGACCAGCUUCUGGGAGCGCAGCCACGGCGCCCUGGGCCGGUUCCGACACCGGGCCAUGCCGAACGGUGGCCGCGGGGGAUGGAGCCGAGGCGGCCGGGGCGGCGGAAACAGCCGAGGUCCCCCCGGCGGUCGCUACGGGCCCGCAGAGAGUCACGGUAACACGAAGGACUCUCCCUCGAGGAAACAGAAGCAGGCGGGGAGGAACCCGGGCAGGAAACCCGCUCACAGUGUUUCUAAACCAGAUAACAGUGUUGACGAGUCCUUCGAGGACCUUCUGUCCAAGUAUAAGCAGAUCCAGCUGGAGCUGGAGUGCAUCCGCAAAGAGGAGACCCUGGCUCUGGAGCCCAAAGGGGACCAGAAGCCAGACCCUCCUGCCAGUGUUACAGACCCCAGACCAGACCCAGAGCCUCAGGAUUCUGCUCUGGCUCAGACUCAGGGCCCAGCUCAGAGUCCUGCUCAGAGUCCAGGUCUGGCUCAGACUCUGAGUCCUGCUCAGGCUCAGGCUCAGAGUCCUGCUCAGGGACCAGGUCUGGCUCAGACUCAGGGUCCAGGUCUGGCUGCAGCUGCAGCUGCAGAGGAAGCAGCCCAGCUGGAGGAGAAAGAGAAGAAAGUCUUCCAGGCGUUCAACAUCAAGCCUCUGCGCCUGAAGCUGCCGCGGCCCGCCAGCCUGGACCAGCUGAGGACCAAGGGGGGCGAGGACCAGAAAGGAGCCGCUGACAGGGACGGUGAAGAAGAGGAAGAAGAAGUUGCUGCAGAAGCUGAAGCAGAAGCUGAAGAAGAGUUGGAGGAGAAGAAGAAGAAGACGGCGUGCGUGUGCUGCGGCGGAGAGGAAGCAGAUGGAGAAGAGAAAGCUAAACGCUGUUUGUGUCGGAGAGAGUCGUCGGCCUCCAGCGAGGACUCAGUCCUCUCUCCUGACAAGCCCGUGGUGAAGGUGGAGGAGGAGGAGCUGUCGGAGCUGCAGCUGCGCCUCCUGGCGCUCCAGUCGGCCAGUAAGAAGUGGCAGCAGAAGGAGCAGCAGGUGAUGAAGAAGAGCAAAGACCGCAUCACUAAAGUGGUCCAGGAGAAGAAGAGCGCCGGCCCUGCAGCCACGCCCACCACGCCGCCCGGCAGCAGGCAGAGAGUCACCACCCGCUCUGCCUCCGCCGCUGCUGCUGCCUCCGCUGCUGCGGACCGGAGCAGAACCAGGUCCAGAGCUCUGGACAAGGAUCGGGAUCGGAGCAAGGCCGGGCCCAGAGCUGCAGACAGAGACCGGGACCGGCCCAAAGCCAGCCCUAAACCAGGCCCCAAGGCCCCGCCGGAGAGACGCAGCGCUGCUGGGAAGACCCACGCAGCCAAGAAGAUGAUCAGUCCCGGCUCGGCAGCCAAGCAGGCCUUCAGGAAGCAGCAGCUGAGGACCUGGAAGCUGCAGCAGCAGAGGGAGCAGGAGGAGAAACGCAGACAGGAAGAGGAGGAGCGACGCAAACGAGAGGACGAGAUCAGACGCAUCCGAGACCUGUCCAAUCAGGACGAGCAGUACAACCGCUUCAUGAAGCUGGUGGGAGGGAAGGCCAGGACGCGCAGCAAAUCCAGAGACCGAGAGCACAGGAAGUCAGCGGGGAAACAGGGUCUGGACGCCUCGGGGAACCUCUACCAGUACGACAACUACGACGAGGUCGCCAUGGACACGGACAGUGAGACGGGCUCGCCAGUGGCGUCUCCUCCUCACAGCUCUCAGCCUCCAGACGACCCGGCAGUGUUCCCUCGCCUGGCGCUGUACGCCGCUGACUGCCCUCCGCUAGGACUGGACUUGUGUCAACCGUUCCUCCCCCCCCUGCUCCACCCCCCGCCCCCCCCUCUCCCCCCUCCCCCUGACGAGGCCGAGCCUCCGCCCAAACCGCCCUUCGCUGACGAGGAAGAGGAGGAGGAGAUGCUGCUCCGGGAGACCUGCCUCAUGUCCAUGGCCAACAAGAGAGUGGCUGCCCCAGAGGACCAGAUCUCCAGCAGCCCUGCGUCUCCCAGCUGUCCUCCAGCUGCAGCCGUCCAGCAGCCAAUCAGAGGGAACCUGAGCUCCGUCAGCCUGAACGCCGUCGCUCCGUCACGCAGCAACAAGUUCAGCAGAGGACACCACGCUGCCAGAGCGCCACUGGUGCUGCCUCGACACAAGUCGGUGGUGGUUUCUCUCAACGACUCGGAGGACAGCGAGUCAGACGGGGACGCCAGCAGCUCCACGCCACCGGCCUUCGGAGGGCUGGAGUUCAUGAUCAAAGAGGCUCGAAGGACCGUGGAGGCAGCGAAGCCGAAAGCAGCCUCGGCCUCUGAGAAGGAGAACAACCCGGUCCGGACUCCAGAGGCUCUGCCUGAAGCCAAGAGAGCAGAGUACAGGCUGCUGAAAGAGGAGAUAGCUAGCCGGGAGAAGCAGAAGAUGCUGAAGGAUCCUCACAGCUCCGUCUCUACUGCCGUCUCCGACUCGCCGCUGGACUCCGCAGCCAAAGCCGCCGCCGAGCUGAAGCUCACCGAGGCAGAACAGAGAGUCCUCAGACACAGAGAGCUGCUGCAGAGGGACGAGGCCGUGCUGAGACAUCUGCUGCAGCAGGAGCUGAAGAAGAGAGAGUCUCUGAAGGCGGCCGAGGCCAAAGUGUCUAAACUGAGAGAACAGCUGGCAGCGUCGGAGAAGAUAGUCAGCGCCAACCGCACGCUGCUCAAGAAGCUGCAGGAACAGGUGCAGCGCGUGGAGCACCGUGUGUCCAUUAAGAAGAGCCUGGCUGUGCGCCUGGAGCAGGAGCUGAGUCAGCUGGCUGCCUGCAGGGGACCCAAACGCAAGAACCAGUCCAGCAUUGCUCUGCCUGUCAGGAAGCUGCAGCGUGUGGACGAGCGUCACUUUUCCGAGCUGAUGUCCCAGAAGCAGCGUCUGCAGCAGCUGGAGUCGGAGUACGCUCUGAAGAUCCAGAAGCUGAAGGAGGCUCAGGCGCUGCACAACCGCGCCGGGGCUGCCGUGGCGGCAGAGCCCGCCGUGCGAGCCUCCCCCCCGCUGCCUCCUGCUGCCGCGGAGCCUCAGAGCCAGGCUCCGCCCCCCUCGCCAUCCUUCCCGCUGCCGCAGCCCUCGCUGCACGACCUCACGCAGGACAAACUCACGCUGGACAGCGAGGACGUCCCGGAGGGCGAGGACUCGGAGCCCACGCCCGCCGCUGUCAAAGGAACUCGCAGGAACUCGCUGCGUCAGUCUAGCUGCUCCUUUACCAAACCGCACCUGGAGCAGCUGGGUGCCACGCCGGCUAAAGACGCCAAACCGCCCAACAUCCCCAUCAGCAAAGCGGCCAACAUCCCCGUGAGCCAGACGGCCAGCGCUGCAGGCGGCGGGCCGGAGCCUGCCGAGGUCUUCGCCGGGCUGGACGUGGACGCCCUGAAGCAGCGCUACCAGCAGCAGGCGCGUCUCGGAGAGCUGCUGCAGAGCGAGCUGCACACGGUGGGGGAGCCACUCCACGCCACGGCCGCCACCGGCACGGCAGUCUCAGUGGAGGUGGACACCGCUACGAGCCAAUCAGGGACCUCAGAUCUGAGACCCGUCCCCUUUGGGUCCUAUCACAGCCCUCUGCUGGUCUUCAGGUCAUACAGGUUCAGUCCGUACUACAGGACCAAGGAGAAGCUGUCUCUGAGCUCCGUUACCCAUAGCAACACCAUUGAACCCAGGAAGUGUUUCUGUCGCUUCGACCUGACGGGAACCUGCAACGACGACGACUGCAGAUGGCAGCACAUGAGGAACUGCACCCUGACAGGAAACCAGCUGUUCCAGGACAUCCUGUCCUACAACCUGUCUCUGAUUGGCUGCUCUGAGUCCAGCUCGUACGACGACGUCAGCGUCUGCACAGAAAAGUACAUGAAGAAGCUGUUUGGGUCAAACAAGGACCGUAUGGGCGUGGACCAGAAGGCCGUCCUCCUCGUCAGCAAAGUGAACGAAAGUAAACGACACGUCCCUCCGUUCACCACGUGGAAAGAUCCGAGGCGGUGGCGGCCGAAGCCGUCGGUGCCGAGCGGCGUGCGUCCCGAGGACGACAGCGAGGACGAGUCUGCAGAACAGCUGACGGCCGGGAGACACGAUGGCGUCUCCAGGACCAGCCUGUCUGCGCUGGACGUCUGCGUCACAUCGGAGGACAAGCGUUACUUCAUCAGCGAGACGGAUGACAUCUCCAACCUGGAGACCAGCGUCCUGGAGAGUCCCCGAGACACGCAGCUGUGGAUCAAACUCGCCUUCAAGUACCUCAAUCAGAACGAGACGUCUGCAGCAGAGUGCUUGGAGGCGGCGUUGAACACGCUGUCCCGCGCCCUGGAGAGUAACUGUGAUAACCCCGAGGUGUGGAGCCACUACCUGUCUCUGUUCUCCCGGCGGGGCAGCCGCGAGGAGGUGCAGGAGAUGUGUGAGAUGGCUGUGGAGCACGCACCCGACUACCAAGUCUGGUGGAACUAUCUGAAGCUGGAGAGCUCGUUCGAGGGGAAGGACUACGUGUGCGAGCGUCUGCUGCACUUCCUGCUCUCUGAAGCGUCUUCUGGCGUCUCGGACAAGCUGUCCUUCCAGCUGAUGGAGGCGCUGCUCUACCGAGUCCACCUCAACCUGUUCACCGGACGCAUGGACAGCGCUCUGGCUCUGCUGCAGAACGCGUUGAAGUCGGCCCAGGAGCGCAGCGUGGCGGACCACCUGACGGCGAGCGACCGGGCGCUGCUCUGGCUCUCCUACAUCCACCUCACGGAGUUUGAGCGGCUGCCGUGCAGCCUGCACGACCCGGCCGAGUCGGGCCCGUCCCGGCUGGUCAGCAGAGAGACCUUCCUGCUGCCCUGGAGGACGCCACAGGACGUCCGCACGCCGCCUGACAUCCUCAUCGCACUCUUCCAAGACGGCGUGCGUCAGUGCAGCGAUGAGUCAGCGUCUGCGAGCGAGAGGACGCUGGCCUGUCUUCCUCUUCACACCAACCUCAUCUUCCUCAACACGCUGCUGGACAGGUUUGACGAGGGCGUGUCUCUGUGUGAGUCUCUGCUGCAGUUCUGUCCCGAGUCGUGCACUCUGAGAGACGCUCUGGCUGAACUCCACAUCAGGAGGGGGGAGACGGACCAGGCCGUCAGCAUGUGGCUCCACGCUCUGGCAGAGUGUCCCAACAACGCAGAGGUCUUCUAUCACUCCGCCAAGUUCCUCAUGGCUCAGGACAAGUCGAGCGCCAUCACUCCUCUGUUCCGAGGGUUCAUCCUGUCGCUGUGUGACGACCAGCAGAGUCAGAAGAAGCCCGUGGAUGUCCUGCGACACAUGCUGGGUUUCCCCACUGAGGAUCUGCUGAGACGACCAAUCAGCAGGGAGCUGCAGGAGACGUUGAGCCAGCAGACGCCCUACCUCCACCUCAUCCACUGUCGCUGGCAGUGGCUGCACGGCUCCGUGGAGGACGCGGUGGACGCCUUUGAGAGAGCGCUGGGGUCAGCCAUGCAGCGGGACGAGCUGCACAAACUCUGGAUGGAUUACCUGGUGUUCAGCAGCAGUCAGUCCAAACUGUUCUCAGAUCUGGUCCAGCGCUGUCUCAGCACCGUCCCGUCCCGUCUGGAGGUCCCCUUCAACCCGGCAGAGUUCUGGAGCUGCUACAGCUUCCACAACAAGGUGGUGACUCUCUACCUCAGCUGUCUGCCACAGUCCCAGCAUGCACUUGUUCUGGAGAGACUGAGAUACGCCAUGCCCAACAACAUUGAACUGGGUCUGAGGUUGCUGCAUCAGGAGUGGCAGGACGGGAACAUCGAACACCUCAAGUUCCAGGUGCGGAUGCUGAGCAGUCACGCUCCCAGGUGUUUGGCCAACUGGAAGAUAGCGAUCGCUGUGGAGAGGGAGCUCAACGACCUGUCUGAGGUUCGUCUCCUGUAUCAGCAGGCUCUCCACAACCUCCCACUGUGUGCUGCCCUGUGGAAACAUCGGCUGCUGUUUGAGGCAGCAGAAGGCAGCAGUGGCUCCUCUGACAGACUGCGGCGUUUGCUGGACAGGUGUCAGCAGGUGGGAGUGAGUCUCAGUGACCAGCUGGUGGACAGGUGUCAGCAGGUGGACAGGUGUCCCCCCCAGGCGGACACAGUGAGUCUCAGUUUACAGACAGAAGACCAGUGACCCCCCAGCAGACACUAACUCAAACUCAGAGACCAGAGAUCCUAUUGGCUUAGACCAAUCAGCGGCCGCGCUCACACGCACACCUUCUUCCUCUGACAGACCAUAUUCUGCUGGUUCUGGUCCACGUGCAGAACCUAGACCAUAUUCUGCUGGUUCUGGUCCACGUGCAGAACCU